CGCGUACACCCGCCGAUUGAAGGAAAGCGUCGGCUUGUGACCCUUGCCCAAUUGCUUUCUGUUUGUGCUUUAUGCAACGCUUGCCUUUUGUUUUAAUACUUCUGCUGUUUCUCUAUUCUACCCAUAGCGAUUCUCUCCCCCAUGGACGCCUCAGCGCCUGCAGACCCCUUCUGGGGCCCCCAAACAUCCUAUCUGAACUUUUGUGAAGAGGACUAUACAAUCACGCGAUAUAUUGCAGAGUUCAUUAACACACUGAGCAGUCUAGUUUUUGUGGUAUAUGGAGUAUACGGUCUGUUGCAACUUCGUAGCAAGAAUGCAGAUAUUUCUCGUUGGGUUCCAUACUUUGGGUUGAUCGGCGUUGGACUUUGCUCCGCAGGCUACCAUAUGACUUUAAAAUACCAUACACAAAUGUCGGACGAGCUAUCUAUGCAUAUGUUGCUUACGCCGCUCUUGUUUCGCCUCCUAAGCUUCAAAGCUAGCCCGCAGCGAACCCGGUUGUUGGGAGCGGCUCUUUCAACCAUCUUCGUCGUUGUAAUGGUCAUUCAUAUGGUCAUGGAUGAGUUUCUCCUUCAUGCUACAUCUUUCGGUCUUGGGGUUUACCUCCUUGCAACUUAUUCAUUGAAGACAAUCCAGCAAAUCGCAGAUCCCCAGAUCAAGGCAAUUCUUCGAAGCAUGGCCCUCUUUGGUUGCUUGAAUUUCUUAUUCGGGUAUUUUGUUUGGUUGAUUGAUAGAUGGGUCUGCAAUCUAUUAACAGAUGCGAAGCACUUUGUUGGAUUGCCAAUAGCAUUUCUCUUGGAGCUGCAUGGAUGGUGGCAUGUAUUUACGGCUUUUGGUGGUUAUAUCGCUGUCGUGGUUGUCGAUAAGAUAACGGCAAAUGAUGUUUCUGGAAAUCCCCUUGAAGGCCUCGCCUGGCCCAUUCCGCUUGCCCUGAGCUUUGUCAUGCCGGAUAUCACUGGAGUAGCAAAGCAAGACUAGCUGGCAGUCAAGAGAUUUCUCAGUAGUGAUUACUGGCCAAAACAAGAACAUAUUCCUUUGCUGAUAUAUAUUGGGGUUUUCAGUAGAAAGAACAUCCAUCUCUAACAGCAUAAUGCUGUUAUUUCUACGCAGAUAUGCAUCCGAUUUCGGGAAUCUCAUCGUCGGUCAAUAUGGCACGUUAUUGGAUAGGUACUUCAGCAUGCACUCGGAGUAGAUUUAGAUCUAGAAGCAAGCCUUUUAACAGUAGUGGACCCGUAAGAACUUUGAUCAUCAGAUAAGAUUUACAAAUAGUUAGAGUAGCUCUCGGCGUAUUGGUAAAAAAAAUCCCUCAGAGUUAGGGUUGAAAUAUCUCCG